AUGCCAUCGCUGUCGCUUCAUAAGCUUUAGAGGAGGAUGCCGGUGUUAGCAACUGGAAUCCUGUCUAAAACGACUGGAUAUAUGGAUUAAUGUUGUCUGUAUUUAUUUAUUUUAAUUAUGAAAGCAUCGCUAAAUGUUAAUUUGUAACAGUGGAAAUAUCUAUAGGCUUUUAUUUAUUUAAUCGCAUAUGUGGAGGAUUUCACAGUGAUCUGCUCUUGGUCUACUUAUUCUUUAACCCUCAUUGACCCUCACUGUAAGAGACUGUAACACACCUUCAUCAUGCUGACGAGACUUUUCCGAAUCCACGGCCUCUUUGUGGCCUCCCAUCCUUGGGAAGUCAUUGUGGCUACUGUGACUCUCACCAUCUGCAUGAUGUCCAUGAACAUGUUCACUGGAAAUGACCAGAUUUGUGGGUGGAACUUUGAUUGCCCCAAAUUGGAGGAGCAAAUCCUAAGCAGCGAUAUCAUUAUCCUGACAAUCACAAGAUGCAUAGCAAUCGUCUAUAUUUACUUUCAAUUCCAAAAUCUUCGACAGUUAGGAUCCAAAUACAUAUUGGGCAUUGCUGGACUUUUCACAAUAUUCUCCAGUUUUGUGUUCAGCACGGUUGUGAUUCACUUCCUGGACAAGGAGCUGACAGGCCUCAAUGAAGCCUUGCCAUUCUUUCUGCUGUUGAUUGACCUUUCCAAAGCAUGUGCUCUGGCCAAGUUUGCUUUGAGUUCAAACUCACAGGAUGAAGUGAGAGAGAAUAUUGCCAAAGGAAUGGCUGUUUUAGGACCCACUUUUACUCUUGACGCCCUUGUGGAGUGCCUGGUGAUCGGUGUGGGGACAAUGUCAGGUGUGCGACAGCUUGAGAUCAUGUGCUGCUUUGGAGGUUUGUCUGUCCUGGCUAACUACUUUGUCUUCAUGACCUUCUUCCCGGCCUGCGUUUCUCUUGUGUUGGAGUUGUCCAGAGAAAGCAGAGAGGGUCGACCCAUCUGGCAGCUGAGCCACUUUGCGAGAGUUCUGGAAGAGGAAGAGGACAACAAGCCUAACCCUGUCACGCAAAGAGUCAAAAUGAUCAUGUCUCUUGGCCUGGUCAUGGUUCACGCUCAUAGCCGGUGGAUUGCCGAUCCCGCGUCAAGUAAUGGAACUCUUGAUCUUCCUCAAGUUGGAGAGAGCCUGAAUGACAAUGUGCCCAAGAGGAUUGAGCCAGACAUGCCCCUGUGGCACUUUUACCUGUCCAGGAUGAUCAGCAUGGACAUUGAGCAGGUGAUCACACUGGGUCUCGCCCUGUUCCUGGCUGUGAAGUACAUUUUCUUCGAGCAGGUGGAGAUGGAAUCUACCCUGUCCCUGAAAGUCCCCACUCCAAGCUCCAUGCUCUCUCAGAAAUGGUCUCCUGAUCAGUGCUGUAGGAAAGAGGUUACUUGUUCUAGCAAGCCUGAGAAAACCCCAACUCCCCUUCCUGUUGUUACCAAAGAGGAAAGAGAUUUAGUGAUUCGGCCCUUGCCUGCCCUGAAAGAGCCUGAGCAUAAAAGUACUUUUGUUCUUGGAGAGGAUGAAACACAGGAAAUCGUUGAUGUUUCAGAGCCUGUGAUCGAUGUACCUGCUGAACCUAGACCUGUGGAAGACUGUCUGUCCAUUCUGAAAAACCCAGAUAUGGGCGCUCGGUACCUCAGUGAUGAAGAGGUGAUCGUUUUGGUGAACUCAAAGCACAUCCCAGCUUACAAACUGGAGGCCAUGAUGGAGACCCCUGAGAGAGGGGUGAUGAUCCGCAGAAAAAUGCUCACCCCCAAAUUCCCAGAGCCUACAGCUCUCUCCUGCCUGCCUUAUAAAGACUACGACUACUCUAAGGUGAUGGGAACAUGUUGUGAGAACGUCAUUGGUUACAUGCCAGUCCCUGUGGGGGUUGCUGGUCCUCUGUUAUUGGAUGGAAAGCAGUUUCAGGUCCCCAUGGCAACAACCGAGGGCUGCCUAGUUGCCAGCACAAAUAGAGGCUGCAGAGCUAUAGCUUUGGGAGGUGGUGCCAAUAGCCGUGUUCUUGCAGAUGCAAUGACCAGAGGGCCUGUGGUGCGUCUGCCUUCUGCCUGUCAAGCAGCUGAAGUCAAGGGCUGGCUGGAGAGCACUGAGGGCUUCAAGAGCAUCAAGGAGGCCUUUGACCAGACCAGCAGGUUUGCACGAUUAGAAAGGCUUCUGAUUGGUCUGGCAAGUCGCAACCUGUACAUUCGAUUCCAGUCCAAAACUGGAGAUGCAAUGGGCAUGAACAUGAUCUCAAAAGGCACAGAACAGGCUCUCGCCAGGCUGAAGGAGGAAUUUCCAGAGCUUCAAGUUUUGGCUGUUAGUGGAAACUACUGUACUGACAAAAAACCUGCCGCCAUCAACUGGAUUGAAGGCAGGGGCAAGUCAGUGGUGUGUGAGGCCACCAUUCCAGCCAAAGUUGUCAAAGAGAUUUUAAAGACGUCGACUGCAGCUCUUGUAGACGUGAACAUCAGCAAGAACUUGGUUGGAUCUGCUAUGGCUGGAAGCAUCGGAGGUUAUAACGCUCACGCCGCCAACAUUGUAGCUGCUAUCUAUAUUGCUUGUGGACAGGACCCAGCGCAGACAGUGGGCAGCUCUAAUUGUAUCACUCUAAUGGAAGCCUCAGGCCCCACCGGGGAGGAUCUUUAUAUCAGCUGUACUAUGCCCUCUAUUGAGCUGGGCACUGUGGGCGGAGGCACUAACCUUCCUCCACAGCAGGCCUGUUUACAGAUGUUAGGUGUUCUGGGUGCCAGUGUGGAGUGUCCGGGCGAAAAUGCCCGACAGCUUGCCAAGGUGGUGUGUGCAACAGUGCUUGCAGGAGAGCUGUCACUCAUGUCUGCACUUGCUGCCGGACACCUGGUGAAAAGUCACAUGACACACAACAGAUCAAAAGUGAAUUUGCAAGAAGCUCCAGGAACGUGUACUAAGCAGGCAUCUUGAGACGUCACCUGUUGAAGAGGCCAUAAAGAAAGAGGAUUUCAUCUUCAAGGCAAAAAUGAUUAGCAAUUUAGAUAAUUUUCAAGGACAGCAAAAGGAAUACAGAUUUACGACUGUUCAUGGUUCCCCUGAUCUGUUAAAGACGAGUUGUCUUUAUAUCAGUUUUGAAAAACGGAUGAAAUUAAAGACUGGAAUCAAGACCAGCUGUGUUCACAAGCCUAGAGCCGGUAUUUCUAAAUCAUAUCUGAGCAUGAUUGCGGUUUCCAGGCCUGCUUUGUUAAGCUUAACUCGCUAUGAACCACAAAUCUAAUCUUAGAUCCACAGCAGCCGGUACAUACAGAUACAGAAGGCCAUAUAACAUAAUUUCUAUCCUAAAAUCAAUACAGUUCAGGUCACUCACAAGACCGACUGGAUAUGUUAAAGAGAAGUGCGUUUUGUACUUUUUUUUUAUUUGAUGGUGAUGGCAACUGGGAGCAUGUCUUUGCCAACUUUUUGCCAAACUGGACAGCAAUGUUAGAAAGGGAAAGAGAAAGUUUACUUCUUUGCACUUAGAAAGGGAAAUGGCACAGGACAGUACUGACGCAGAGAGGAGUUUAAAGUACUAUGAUUCACUAGUUGGUACACAUGUAGAAUAAUACAGAACGACUAUGAAAUUGCCAAACGCAGCCGUCAGCAGUGAUCGCAUUGUUUCUCGUGUCAGAAUGUACAUUAGUUUUUUUUUUUCUAUGACACAGAAAUGUAUUGAAUGACUUCUGUAACUGAAAUGGGUAGUGCUACGGCAUGACAGGACAAAUAUUUCAAAAGGUGCUACGAUCCACGUUUCAGUUCUUUGUUCAUUUACCGAUUUCCUUUUUUGAACACCAACUAUAAUGGGUUUAUGUAACAAUACACAACACAUCGCAUGCUUCUGAAGGUUUGAAAUGGCUUUUAUUCAGUUGGUUCUGGUUUUUAUGUCAUGGAAAAGAGUGGCUGAUGUUCAGACAUGUACGUUUCAAGCUGAAGACACAAGAAAGCUUGCUAUUUUUCCCCCAAAGGCACAAUUCAAAUUAUUGAAUAAAAAUAAACUGCAGAGUUUUGUAUAUUUUUUUAUAAUAAAGGAAAAUAUAUAAUA